GCUGAAGCAGUAUCUUCUCUGUGAAAGAGGUAGAUUAAUUUGAUGGCGCUCCAACUCCAACUCCAACCAAUAUCUUCUCUGCAUUUUCAGUUUUUCCAACCGCUAAUUCAAACCAAAACCAACGCCAUUUUCAAAUUCGCACUUUCUUGUUCCAACGAAACAACUCAAGUCCAAAUUAACGUUGUUAAGAAGAAGAAAAACAACAACUCCAGACCAAGUUUCACCGACCAAAUUCGAGAUAAAUGGUCCCUCAAAUUAGCUUCCCAGAGAGAAAAAUUCCCAUGGCAAGAACCAGAAGAACAACAACAAGAACCAGAACUAGAGGAACAACCACAACCUCAAUCUCAAGAAGACGUGUCUUCAACGAUGCUAAAUUUCGAGUUUCCAAAGCGUUUAUCACCUUGGCACGUGGCAGAAAAUUCUAAAAAUCCACAAAAUGUGUCUGAAUUUGAUGCUUCUGAGGACAAUGAAGAAAAUAAGAAACCGUUACAGAAAAAUUCUGGUGGUUCUGUUAUGGAAAGAGAAGUUCAAGAAUCAGAAAGUAGUUUGAAGAAAAGGAGAAGCAAUACUGAAUUGGCAGAGAGGUUGAUUCCUGAACAUGAAUUACGGAGGCUUAGAAGUAUUGCUUUGAGAAUGGUGGAAAGGUUCAGUGUUGGAGUUGCUGGUAUCACUCAAGAAUUGGUGGAUUCUAUUCAUAAAAAAUGGGUUGUUAAUGAAGUUGUUAAGUUCAAGUUUGAUUCUCCUCUUUCUGCUAAUAUGAAAAGGGCUCAUCAAAUUCUUGAGAGUAAAACUGGAGGUAUUGUGGUAUGGCGAUCGGGCAGUUCCAUAGUGUUAUAUCGAGGAAUGACCUACAAACUACCUUGUGUAGAAUCAUACAAAAAAGUUUAUGAUGCUCAGAAGAAGAAUGAUGUUGAUCAUUCGAUGCAUGUUGUAAGUGGAAGUAAUGCUCAAGUAAGUGUGAAAGAAACAGAUAGACCUAUUGAAUCAUUUAAUCAAGACUCUGCUGAGUAUUUGAAGGAUAAGAGUGAAGAAGAAAAGAUGGAAUUGAUCGAACUCAACAUUUUGUUAGAUGAAUUGGGUCCACGCUUCAAAGAUUGGACAGGCUGUGAGCCUUUACCUGUUGAUGCAGACCAGUUACCUGCUGUUGUUCAAGGGUAUAAAACACCAUUCAGACUUCUUCCAUAUGGGGUGAAAGCUUGUUUAUCCAACAAGGAAACAACUGUCAUGCGUAGAAUUGCUAGAAGAACAGCUCCGCACUUUGCUCUUGGAAGAAAUAGAGAACUGCAAGGUCUGGCUAGAGCUAUAGUAAAGCUGUGGGAAACAAGUGCUAUUGCAAAAAUAGCCAUCAAACGUGGUGUUCCCUUUGCAUCUAAUGAUAGGAUGGCUGAAGUACUCAAGAAAUUGACUGGGGGAACUCUACUUUCUAGAAAUAAGGAAUAUAUUGUAUUUUACAGGGGCAAUGACUUCUUGCCUCCUGUCGUCACCAAAACCCUGACCGAGAGACAGAAACUAACCGUCAUUCAACAAGACGAGGAAGAGAAGGCACGACAAAGUGCUGCUUCAUCUAUUACUAUAUCAAAUAGCAAAUCAUCUCAAAUGCCGUUAUUAGCUGGCACCCUUGCCGAGACUAGGGCAGCAACCGCCAACUGGGGACACCAACCAUGUAAACAAGAAGUUGAGAAAAUGAUGAGAGAAUCCACCUUGGGUAGAUUUUCUUCUUUAAUCAGAAAUCAUGAGAAUAAACUAGCUCUAGCAAAAGCAAGGUUCAGGAAGGCCGAGAGAGAUUUAGUUAAAAUACAGGGUGGUUUCAACGCAGCAGACCUUCCAACUGAUUUGGAGACAUUAACUAAUGAAGAGAGAAUUUUGUUUAGGAAGAUGGGUUUGAGUAUGAAGCCAUACUUACUUCUAGGGAGGCGAGACGUUUAUGCCGGCACCAUAGAAAACAUGCAUCUACACUGGAAAUAUCGCGAGUUGGUAAAGAUACUUGUAAAAGGGAAAAAUUUAGCCCAAGUUAAACACAUUGCGAUAUCUUUGGAAGCUGAGAGUGGUGGGGUGCUAGUGUCUGUAGACAAGGAUACCAAAGGCCAUAUAAUAAUUAUUUAUCGUGGGAAGAACUACUUCCGUCCACAGGUUAUUAGGCCCAAAAGCUUGUUGACACGGAGACAGGCAUUGGCUCGAUCAAUGGAGCUUCAAAGACUAGAGGCACUAAAACAUCACAUCUCAGAUUUACAGGAGAUGAUUGACUUGCUCAAAUCUGAACUAGAUGAUAAGAAAAAUGAAAAGGUGAUUGAUGGUGACAAAACUAUGUACUCAACACUUGAUAACAACGAUGUUUCUUCUGACGAUGACAUGGAAGACCUAAAUACUCUUUCUCCAUAGACAAAUAGCAGAAUGAAAGGACUUAGGACGAGAUUCAUUUUGACAAAGACGACAGUGGUGGUGAGAACUUGAAACAUCAAAACAAGCUAAUUGACUUGGUACAGUAAUCCAUUGCAAUAGCUUGUAGAGGUUGAGCAUUAUGGAUGACUGACUUAGAAGAUGAACAAGAAUGUGAAGCUUAAGCUACUGACCACAAAAACUUGAUCCAUGCCUUUGAUGUUUGUCACAGUUUUUCUCAAGUCAGUAGGUUGGGAGAGAUUAUUAUCAUUACUUCCAUUGUCUGCGUCAUUUAUAUUAAAGCGAUGUAACAUGUGAAAUGGUUAAUUCAGUUGUAUGGAUUAUAAAUUGCAUGAUCAAUUCAGUUUGAUAGAUGGAUAAAAAUACCAUCCAUUGACAUUACAUGUAACUUUGUUCAUAUUUGUGUAAAUAUUUCACUAAAAAAAAUCAGAGUAAAGUUCUUAUCCUUUGUCA